AUGUAUGCUCUUCCCUCCAGCUGUAAGCCUGAAGGAGAAGGGAAGUGUUUCAACAGGAGCAACAUUAGCUCUCAGACUGAAUGCUCUAAUGAGUUGGACAAUAUUUGGUCUCCAACAAGACAAGAGAGAAUCAGUCUGGGAGAAUACAACCACCACAUACUUCCGGGAGACAGCAGUGAUCCCUUUGAGCAUUCAGCCAUGGACACAGGACAGCUGCUCCGGUUGAUGGAGACCAGGUUGUACAUGCGGCGGUGGGUCAUGCUAUUCGUCUUCAGCGCCCUCUCCAUGAGCAACGCCUUCAUGUGGCUGCAGUACAGCAUCAUCAACAACAUCUUCAUGCGCUUCUACAAAAUCGACACCCAGGCCAUCGACUGGCUCUCCAUGAUCUAUUUCCUCACCUACAUCCCCCUCAUCCUUCCCGUCAUGUGGGUGCUUGAUAACCGAGGCAUGAGGGACGUUAUGGUUGUGGGCUCAGCCUUCAACUGCAUCGGGGCGUGGAUCAAGACGAGCACGGCCCAGCCCAGCAUGUUUGCCAUGACCUUCUUCGGCCAGUUUGUGUGUUCGAUGGCUGCUGUUUUUAUCCUGGGCAUCCCAUCCAGACUUGCGUCCCUGUGGUUUGGGCAGCAGGAAGUGUCCACCGCCUGUUCCAUUGGCGUUCUGGGAAACCAGAUGGGUAUUGCCAUUGGGUUCCUGAUCCCUCCCAUCCUUGUUCCAAAUGUGGACGAUAUAAAUGAGCUGGAGCACUACAUCAGAAUCAUGUUCUACAUCAGCGCGGGAGUGGCCACCUUCAUCUUUAUCCUCGUUGUCAUUGUGUUUCAGGAGAGACCAGAAAUCCCUCCCACUCAGGCCCAGGCUCAGGCCAGGAACAUCCCCCCUGACGAGUACUCUUACACAGCUUCUGUCUUGAGGCUGCUGCGCAACAAGCCCUUCAUGCUCCUGGUGGUCAGCUAUGGGCUCAACGUUGGCUGCUUCUAUGCUGUUUCCACACUGCUGAAUCGGAUGGUCAUUGAACACUAUCCUGGUGAAGAGGUGAAUGCUGGGAGAAUUGGUCUGACCAUUGUCGUUGCUGGCAUGGUGGGGUCCCUCAUAUGUGGCGUUUGGCUGGACAAGACCAAAACCUACAAACAAACCACCUUGGUCGUCUAUCUCCUCUCUCUGACAGGGAUGCUGGUCUACGCCUUCACCCUCAACCUGGGUUACUUGUGGGUGGUGUUUGUCACAGCUGGAGUUUUAGGCUUCUUCAUGACAGGAUAUCUACCUCUGGGCUUUGAGUUUGCAGUAGAGCUCACCUACCCAGAAUCAGAGGGAACCUCAUCUGGACUGCUUAACUGUUCAGCCCAGAUCUUUGGAAUCAUUUUCACCAUCUCCCAGGGGAAGAUUAUUGAUCAAUGGGGCACUUUGGCCGGAAACAUCUUCCUGAGUAUUUUUCUCCUAAUAGGAGCAGUAAUGACAGCAUUCAUCAAGUCUGACCUCAGAAGACAGAAGGCCAACCUACAGGCUGAGGUGCGGAUAGCGAAUGAAGUGACCGCUGAUCUUGAAGGCGCUGCUCCGCCUGAAAUCCUUAAAGAGAGGAAGCUUUAAGGAGGACAGACAAACAGAAACACUGACACGUCAACAUGCAUAAACACGCACACAUGACCAUGGAGGAAGAGAACCUGCAGUGAAGAGUGAUCACAUGGAGAGUGAAUCGUACUGAGCAGCCCUCUGUGAGGCUUUAUGAUUGGUGAAGUAAUAACCAGCAGACCUGCUGUAUAUUUUUUGCACUGUACAAAACUAUGUAAUGUAUGGACUCUGGCUUGAACACCAGAGAUUCACACUGAUAUCCCAAGUGCAACUUAGCUCAUCCCAAAGCAAGCACAAGUCAGUCAUGCACAAGGGGAACACACCUGGAAAGUCAAUGGUUUUUACAGUGUCUUUUGAAAACAUACAUUUUAUCCAUUGUAUGCUUUUUCCAUGUCUCGUUAUUGCAAUGCAACUGCCACUUUAGUGACAUCUCUAACUAAAUUCAACUUUUAACUGAGUAGUUUCCUAGGUCCCCCUCUGGUAGGUGUUAAUGUAGUGUUCUAUGCAUCUAAUGAGCAAUAUAUGUGUUUCCUAAUAUUGGACCAAAGCUGUCUCAAUCAUCUCAAGCUGAAGACAUUCAUUUUAAUGUUCUGUUUUUAGAGUAUACAUGUUAAAUGCAGACAAAUAACUGAGACAUGUUUUCCUGUCAUGGCAGUCAGGUUAGAUCCUCUCUGCCUGCCAUUCAGGAUCACAUGGAAGUGUUAAUUCUGAAUACUGCUGAUUGGUUGAUGCUGUGCAUCUGAGUACACUUUUGAAGGUCAGUUUUGUCCUCGUUUUACUGUAAAUGAUAUCUGCGAGACAUUAAUAACUUAUAAAUAUCUGGCUCAGUGAGAGCAUCUGAAACAUUAAGAAUGUCAGCACAUGAAACAUGAAGGAUGAGGCUAAUCUAUCUACUGCAGUUUGCACAAGACAAUGUUUUAUGUAUAAUACUCUUAACUUGUAGAUGUGUUACUGAGAAAUGUAGUUCAAGCUGUGUAACCAGUGUUUAUACAGCCUGUCAUUACCAUGUUUUGCUUGAUGUGACUAGUUUUCUUUUCCUAUUGUAUGAUUGUUAUGUGAUUUUGAGAGCUGCUAUUUCUUUCCUUUCAGUUGGAACUUUCAGGACACUUAACAGUGCUGUGAAAAGUAGCGCUUUCUAUGACACUUAAGAAAUACGAGAAUUAAUCAAUUAAAAACAUGA